CAACGAGCAACCGCUCUCAUGUGCUGCUGUGAGACUGUUGCAGUCUCUCGUGCUGGAGCUUUGACAGUGUGGUCCGUGCCUAGGAGUACUGCUGCGGAACCAGGACAACAGUCUGGGCGGUGACGGUCAAACUGUCACUGAUCACUUGGCAGUAUCUCAAAACGACAGUAUAUGCCACUGGAGGUCGUGUGGUGCUCGUCCGGCUUGACGUGCUUGCUUGCUUGCUUAUUGCGCUUAUGGGAGGUGUUCUGUGGUGAACUUGAAACGGUAGAUGGGAACUUACACGUAGUAGCGAUAGAGUUGGAGCUCUAUCUUCCAGUCUCUGUGAGCUUUCGUCAGUACUUGUUCAUCUGAAACGGCAACAGAGACUUAGAGCGAGACAUACAGCGCCAACGGGUCCGGCCGGACGCGUGGAGUGCACGCCGUACACGGCGGCAAGAAGCUGCCGUCCCGCGGCCGCACCUCCCAGCACUGCAUCCACCGAUUCCUACACUCAGG